GUUUCGUGUAGUGUGUAUGUAAUUUCCGCUACUUUUGGGUAUAAAACGAAUCCAGUCUCGGCCAUCCAAAGCUGUGGCCUUUCUUCUUCUUAUCAUCCGACAAAUUUGAGGAUUUUUUCAUCCGCUCAGAUUCCAAAGAUUAAAAAAGAAACAAGAAAAAAGACUUCGAAAACGAAACAAAAAGAAGGCAGGUAUGGGAGCAGGGAGAUCGGUUCUUAUCUAUUUGGCGAGGAUCUGGAGUCUCCGAGGCGAAUGGAGCAGAUGAAUGAUGCAAAACCUCCUCGGCACCUUUCGGUUAUCCGGCAUUGCGCGAGCACUAACCGAUUGGUGGAUUCAUCGGAACAACAUGGCUUGGAUCUGAGGCCUCCGAGGUUGCCUCCUUCAUUGGAUGAGCAGUGUGAAUUUUUACCGGUUUUUAGGUCUGGAAGCUGCUCGGACAUUGGGGCGAAACCCUAUAUGGAAGAUGAACAUAUUUGCAUAGAUGACAUAAUCAAUCAUCUUGGAGGUGGUGUUGUUCUUCCAGCACCUGGCGCUUUCUAUGGGGUAUUUGAUGGCCAUGGUGGCAUUGAUGCGGCUUCUUUUGUUCGAGAAAACUUGCUCAAGUUCAUAAUUGAGGACCAUAACUUCCCUAACUCGGUGGAGAAGGCCAUGAAAAGUGCAUUUGUGAUGACCGAUCAUGCAUUUGCCGAUUCGCCUUUUCUCGAUUGCUCCUCAGGGACAACGGCUUUGGCCGCUCUUAUAUUUAGAAGGACCAUGCUUAUCGCCAAUGCCGGAGAUUGUCGUGCUGUCUUAGGUAAGCGUGGCCGCGCCAUUGAGCUUUCUCGAGACCACAAGCCAAAUUCUCGAUUUGAAAAGCUUCGAAUCGAGAAACUUGGCGGCAUGAUUUCUGACGGCUAUCUAAAUGGCCAACUUUCUGUAUCAAGAGCUCUCGGAGAUUGGCACAUGAAGGGCCCGAAAGGCUCCGCAUGCCCUCUAAGUGCCGAGCCGGAGCUCCAUGAAACCAUCUUAACCGAGGAAGACGAGUUCCUGAUAAUCGGCUGCGACGGCCUUUGGGAUGUGAUGAGCAGCCAAUACGCAGUCACCGUCGUCCGAAAAGAUCUCAUGGCUCACAAUGAUCCGGCAAGGUGUUCAAGGGUGCUUGUUCGAGAGGCGCUUCAGAGAAACAGUUGUGAUAAUCUCACGGCGAUUGUUGUCUGCUUCUCAUCGAAUCCGCCGCCUCGCAUCGAGGUCGCCAAACCCCGCGUCCGGCGAAGCAUUUCGCUCGAAGGUUUGCAUCUUCUCAAGGGGUUCUUGGACAGCAAUGGCUGAAACUGAAAGAAUUUGAUGGUAUUAUUUGUUUGUUUCUUUCUUUUCUAGUUGGUCCGGUCAAUUUGAACAAUAAGGUUUUAGAUGUGAUUUUUUGUUUGAAGAAAGUAGGUUGGAAGUGUAAAUUUGAGAUUUCAGAUUAAUUCCAUUCAUGGGAAGCACUCAGGGUUUCUAUUGUAAUUCUUAAUUGUAUUUUUUGUGUUUAGUUGAUCUUUGAUGUUACUAG